GUCGACAGGAGACUGUGUGAAGAUCUGGGAUGCGGUUUCCAUGGCGCCGCUGGAGCAGUUCAACCCCCACAGCAGCAGCCACCCUGUAGCACAGGCCUGCUGGAGCUCCAACAACCAGUACCUGGUCAGUUCCAGCAGCAGCGGAGACAAACUGGUGGUUUCCAGCCUCAAAUCGACUCCGGUUCCAGUGGUGGAGCUGGCUGACGGGAAAAAGCAAACCCGUGUGUGUCUGAGUUCGUCGUCUCAGUUUGUGGUCAGUGGAGGUCUGGAUCACAGCGUUAACAUCUGGGACCUGAAGACCAAGAGACUGCACCGCUCCCUCAAGGACCAUAAAGAGGAGGUGACCUGUGUGUCCUUUAAUGCCAACGACAGCUACAUCGCCUCCGGUUCCACCAGCGGAGAUCUGGUCCUCCACAGUCUGACCACCAACCUGUCCAGCAAAGCCUUCGGCCACGGCAGCAACCAGCCCAUCCAUGACCUGAGGCUGUCCGCGUUAAAGCGCUCCCUGCUGGGCAGCGUGUCCGACAGCGGCACCGUGGUCCUGUGGGACUCCAACACCCAGAAGGAGAUCCACGUGUUUGACAGCGCCCAUAAAGCCCCCGGCUCCGGCCUGGCCUUCUCCCCCGCCAGCGAGCUGCUGGUGGUCAGCGUCGGCCUGGACAAGAAGAUCGUCUGCUACGACACGGCCAGCAAGAUUGUCCUCAGGUCCAUCCGGGUGGACACUCCACUGACCGCUGUAGACUUCACUCUGGACGGUACCGGUCUGGUAGUGGGAUCCACUCAGGGGAAGAUCUACCAGUACGACCUGAGGAACUCCAGCGCCCCCACCAGGAUCACUGUGGCACAUAAAACCUCAGUCACCUGCCUGCGCUUCCAGAGCAACACCAGCAAACACAAGUCCAGUAAACUGGGCUCCACUAAGAUCAGCAGCACUAAGAGAUCCUCAACCAAGCUGUCAAACAUCCAGCCUGACCCCGCCCCCAGCACAGGCCCCGCCCCCCACAGACAGCUGACAGACUCUAGGACCCAGGGGACGUCUGGAGACACGCCGUUUGGAAGAACGCACGUUUCCAGUUUGGAGAUGCUGUCCAGAGAAGGGGAGGGUCAGCAGGUCAUAGGUCGGGCCAGUCUGGACAUCUUCUCCCCGGUCAGAGAAGACUCUCAUUCAGGUGCCAACUCGCACCGGAAGACCCCCCUGGGGACGCCCCUGGUAGCCUCUGCAGGGCGAUGCUACAGCCCGCUGUCCGUCUUCCAGACCCCUCCCCCAAUCAAAGAGGAGGAGCCAAUCCCUGCCGCAGCAGCUGAACCAUGUGACUCCAGAAAGUCCGACAAGGCCAGCAGCUCCAGUGUGGAGGGCGAGGCUCAGACUCCGCCCACAUCAUCCCAGCAGACCAAUCAGAGUCAGCCGGCCCCGCCCUUCUUCACUCCAGAACCCGGCCUGAGGAGAGCCAACAGUAUUCAGACCCAGCUGAGCUACGACUCCCCUUUACAGGGAGCUCCAGCAGGUCCGGCUCUGUCGGCGGCUGUUUCCUCCUCUCUCUCCCAGAACAUCGCUGACGUGGUGGGACAGGCAGGAGCUGCUCCUCUCACCUCCCUGCAGAUCCACUUCAUCCAGAACAUGAUCCAUGAGACUCUGGAGGACUUCAGGGACGCCUGUCACAGAGACAUCGUCAACCUGCAGGUCGAGAUGGUCCGACAGUUUUACAUCCAGCUGAACGAGAUCCACGGUCUGAUUGAGAAAUACUCUGUGAACGAGUCUCUGGUGGAGGAGAUCGAGAAGCUGAAAGAGGAGAAUCGCAGGCUGAAGACCAACUACUGACCCUCCGAUCCACAACGGUUCUGUAACUGUCCCACCGAGUUCAGCCUCCCCCAGACCGCAUCCCCUCCCCCGCUGAGGUCAGAGAAGGUUCUGGUCCCGGGUUUGGGAUGUGGUUUGAACUCUGUCAGAAUAGAGCCAGAGCAAAGGAAGCUGCCUCCCUGUUGGACUCUGCUGCCUGCUGGUUGAGGACUCUGUCCACCACCGCCCCCUUCAGUCUGCGGAGGUCGAGCAGCGCCGCAGCGCGAGUGCCUUGUUCUGUAGCUGAAGAACAAACAGAUGAUGCAACAAAACGUCCGUCUGAUCCUUCAGACCAACGUUUUCUUACAUCAGCAGCCGGUUGCUUCGUGUGUGCCUCCAUCUUUUUUAAAGAAUAAAGAAGAUUCGUAUUGAAAAUAAAACAA